CUUAUGUGAUGGUCAUGAUGGACUUUACAGUAGGUCUCUGGAGAUAUUCAGCCUAUUGGCAUCUCUUGAUCAUCAUAAACUCUACCAAACAAUCAAAGUCUCGAUUCUAAAACUCUUCGCGAAGAAAGUAUAAUUCAUUAGUGCUAUCUGCCAAGCGUCUCUUCUAUUGAGCCUACGUCACUAGAAACUCAACACCACGAUUCUCUAGGAAGAAAGACUGUCGAUCUCCCCACACAAACUCCGCAAAUCUCCGGAUUCCCAGGUUCACCCUAUUUUUUCAAGGCCUGAAAUUCCAAUUCUCAGGUGCUCUUUGACGCCGUGGUAUCGCCGAGUUUAGUUCAAGUGAAGCUUCUUGGGCUUCUCAUGACGAUGUUACCCUUCCCCUCACUGUUUGUCGGGGCGACAGAGGUUAGCAUGGGACGUUGUGAUGGGCAUAUAUAGUUUCAGUGGCUCCACGGUUUUGAUUUUCGUCUGGAUGUAACCGUUGCAGAGUAAAUCAUGAAAUUCUCACUAUUCUUGACGGCUGGCUCUCUUGCCUGGGCCAAGCCAUCGACUCCAAAACUUGACUAUAACCGCGCUCCCCCAAAUCUCAGCACUCUGGCCAAUCUGACGAUCUACAACACAUGGCGUCCUCGAGCUCACGUGCUCCCUCCUACUGGACAGAUUGGAGAUCCUUGCAUGCACUACACUGAUCCCAAAACUGGACUUUUCCAUGUUGGAUAUCUCCAUGAGGGUGCUGCGGGUGCUACGACGGAUGAUCUCGUGACAUAUCGAGAUCUCAACCCUGGAGGCGCUCCUUUCAUUCGGGCUGGAGGUCUAAAUGAUCCUGUGGCAGUCUUUGACGGAUCCGUUAUACCCAAGGGCAUCAAUGGCACGCCUACACUCUUCUACACCUCUGUAUCUUACCUCCCCAUCCAUUGGACCAUCAACUACACUCGCGGAAGUGAGACGCAGUCCCUCGCUGUGUCAAAGGACGGAGGCCGUAACUUCACAAAGCUACGACAGGGCCCUGCGAUCCCAGAACCUCCUUUUGCUCUCAACGUGACGGCCUUCCGUGAUCCCUUCGUUUUCCAGAACGAAGAUCUCGACAGCCUUCUGGAAAGUGAGUCAGGAACAUGGUAUAGCGUCAUUUCUGGUGGUGUCCAUCAAAAGGGUCCUAGUAUGUUCCUCUAUCGUCAGCACGACCCGGAGUUUCAGUAUUGGGAGUAUCUCGGCGAGUGGUGGCAUGAGAAGGCCAACACCACAUGGGGUGAUGGUCUCUGGGCAGGGCGUUACGGUUUCAACUUUGAAGUGGCCAAUGUCUUCAGCAUCGAUGAAAAGGGGUAUAACUCUGAGGGUGAGACAUUCAUCACCUUUGGAGCAGAGUGGCAGGAGAAGCCCAUCGUUCCUCAGGUUUCGUCUUUCCGCGACAUGUUGUGGGCUGCAGGAAACAUAUCCCUCGACAACGGAAAGCCAAAGUUUACUCCUUCGAUGGUUGGCAAGCUUGACUGGGGACGAUCCGCCUACGCAGCAGCUGGCAAAUACCUCCCUUCGGACUCAAAGGCAUCGUCCAAGAGCGGUGCGCCAGAUCGAUUCAUCAGCUACCUCUGGCUUACUGGAAAUUACUACGGCGAUCUCAAGUAUUUCCCUACUCCCCAGCAGAAUUGGACUGGGUCUCUUCUCCUCCCCAGAGAGCUCACCGUCGGCAAGAUCAGCAAUGUCGUCGAUAAUGAGCUUUCACGUGAAGAAGGAUCCUGGCGUGUUGAGAGAAACGAGUCAGAUGUUUUGGAACUUGCUACUCUAAAGCAGGUUAUUGCUCGGGAGCCUAUGGCUGCAUUCACCAAGAAGAUGUCUUUUGUUGAACCAGGGCGAAACAUUAGCAAGGCUGGAUCAACUACAUUCGACCGUAACCCGGAGUCCAAGUUUUACGUCCUCAAGAGCUCUAUCUCAUUCCCCAAAUCUGCUCGCGACUCGGACCUCAAGGCUGGUUUCCAGAUUUUGGCUUCUGACAAGGAGUCCACCACUAUUUACUACCAGUUCUCCAACGAAUCCAUCAUCAUCGAUCGCAGCAACACUAGUGCUGCAGCCCUUACAACUAGCGACAUUGACGCUCGUCCCGAAGCCGGUCGACUCCGUCUUUUUGACGUUCUGGUUGAUGACGAGGAGAAGAUUGAGACUCUUGACCUUACUAUCGUCGUGGAUAAUGCCAUCGUCGAGGUUCAUGCCAACGAUCGAUUUGGAGUAGCUACCUGGGCUCGUUCUUGGUAUGCCGAUUCGACCGAUAUUCGCUUCUUCCAUAAGGGAAGCGGUGAGGUGUCUUUUAGCAAUGUGACGAUUUAUGAAGGUCUUGUGGAUGCUUGGCCUGAGAGAAAACGAUAGGGAUAUAGUCUCUGAUGUAUUAUUAUGUGCACACUACAUUAGACUUUGGACCUCAUUCUUACAUUUUUUAUAUGACCCUAUGUACAUAAUCUGGUGUGGUUGAAGUUGCAAGUUGAGACCUGAACCUAUGUGCCUCUCUGUGAACCAAAGGGAUUCGCUUUCCUUUAUCUCAGCCUUAAUUAGACGAUUACAUAAAACUUUG